GAACAGAGCUUCUCACGGACCGCUCCGCAGUGCUUUCAACCCGGUCGGGUGCAAAAGAUUACGACUGUCAGAUCUCAGAGGAGGACGGUACUUCGGUCCGGUCCCCGAGCCGGAAAAAUCUAAACCCUCCAAGCCCUUCACUAUCCACACUCAACACCGCUGUUUCCCUGAUCAAAACAUCCCCAACGAUGGCGGUAUUUAUCGUAGUAAUGGGAGUCUCCGGAACCGGCAAGUCCACACUUGGCGCCGCACUGGGGGAUGUGCUGGGCAUGCCGUACAUCGACGGGGACGACCUACAUCCUCGGAGCAAUGUCGAGAAGAUGUCGGCGGGACAUCCUCUCACCGACGAGGAUCGGGCUCCGUGGCUGAAGAUCAUCCGGGAGACCGGCGAGCGGGUUGCGGGUGAGCAGGAGGCGAAACAUAACGCAAGAAAGGCCAUCGAGGAGGCCAGGGGAGCGGAAGAGCCAAAUGGGGACGCGAAGGAGGCAGAAACCGUACCAGGAGUUGUGAUCGCGUGCUCGGCGCUGAAGCGCAAAUACCGCGAUCUUUUGCGCGGACUUUCCCAGCCAACAAUCACGGAGGGCGUGAAGACAUUUUUCGUUUUCAUUGAAGGAAGUCGCGAUGUGCUUGUAGACCGAAUGGCGAAACGAACGGGACAUUUCAUGAAGGUUGGCAUGUUAGACAGUCAGUUGGCCACACUGGAACAUCCGGGGAGCGAGGACGGCGUGGUGGUUGUUUCUGUAGAAGAUCCGACGUCAGCGCAAGUGAAACAGUGUGUUGAGCAGCUGAAGGCAUUAUUCUAGGAUUGUACUAAGCGUAGAG